UGGUUCUACACUUCCUACUUUCUAGUCACAUGCUUCACUCACCAAUUGACUAAAAACCAUUUCCAGCGAUGUUUACAGCUCAACCAAGCCCAAGUACGCUAAGCUCCUCAACCAUCCAACAUUUCCCCACCGUCCGUCGAUCGGAGACGAUCACCGGAGGAGGUCGAAAGAUUGGCGGGUUUACUAGACAAAACGCCAAUAAUGUUCCUGGUUUCCAGUCAACGGUCCAGUCAAAGCACCAAUCCAUAAGAACAGUGAUCAGCAGUGAGGGUGCAAAGCUGGUGGAGAAGUCGCAAGGAAGUAAUGGGCCGUUGGCUUCUUCUUCAGUAAGUGGAGGCAUGGAGGUCAGGGCAGCGGUCACCAUAAGGAGGAAGAUGAAGGAGAAUAUCACCGACAAGUUGGAAGAUCAGUGGGAAUCUUUCAUGAACGGGAUUGGUAGAGGAAUCUUACUUCAGCUCAUCAGUGAAGAUAUUGAUCCCAUUACCAGGUCAGGAAAGAGCGCUGAGUCUUAUGUUAGGGGAUUUCCUAAGCCAUCGAACCAUCCAUUCGUUGUUGAAUACGCUGCAAAUUUUAGGGUGCCAAAUGAUUUUGGGCGUCCCGGAGCUAUUCUCAUUACGAAUUUCCUUGAUAAAGAGUUCUACUUGGUGGAGAUUGUUGUGCAUAAUUUUAGUCAAGAGCCUCAAUUCUUUCCAGCAAAUACAUGGAUCCAUUCUCGAAAAGAUAAUCCUGAGAGUAGAAUCAUCUUCAAAAAUCAGGCAUACUUGCCAUCUCAAACACCUGAUGGCAUUAAGGAUCUUCGUCGUGAAGACUUGCUGAGUAUUCGUGGUAAUGGUAAAGGCGAGAGGAAAAUGCAUGAAAGAAUAUAUGAUUAUGCUCCUUACAAUGAUUUGGGUAAUCCUGAUAAGAGUGAUGAACUAGCUAGGCCCUCCUUAGGUGGCAAUGAGCAGCCUUAUCCUAGGCGGUGUCGAACUGGCAGACGCCCAACUAAGAAAGAUCCUUUGAGUGAAAGUAGGAUUGAGAAACCUCAUCCAAUCUAUGUUCCUCGAGAUGAAGCCUUUGAGGAGAUCAAGCAAAAUACAUUCUCAGCUGGAAGGUUGAAAGCUCUGUUGCACAACCUGAUACCGUUGAUUGCGUCUACCUUGUCAAGUUCAGACAACCCCUUCACUUGUUUUUCAGAGAUAGACAAGCUUUACAAUGAUGGUGUUUUAUUGAAAGAUGAAGACCAAAAAGACGUCAUAAAGAAUCAGUUUCUAACCAAUUUGAUGAAUCAAGUUUUUACUGUUGGUGGAAGAUUGCUGAAGUAUGAAAUUCCGGCUGUUAUAAAACGGGACCGAUUUGCAUGGUUACGUGACAAUGAGUUUGCAAGACAGGCACUGGCAGGUGUUAAUCCUGUUAAUAUUGAACUACUCAAGGAACUGCCAAUUCUGAGCAAACUGGAUCCUGCAGUUUAUGGCCCCCCAGAGUCUGCAAUUACCAGGGAAUUAAUUGAACAAGAGCUGUUUGGAAUGUCUGUUGAGAAGGCCAUAGAGGACAAGAGACUGUUCAUACUUGACUAUCAUGAUAUGCUUCUGCCUUUCAUUGAGGGGAUGAACUCAUUGCCUGGUAGAAAAGCUUAUGCCUCCAGAACCAUUUUUUUCUACACUCCUACUGGCAUUUUAAGGCCAAUCAUAAUUGAGCUUUCUCUCCCUCCCUCAUCUAAUUCACCAAGAAAGAAGCAUGUCUUUGUCCACGGCCACGAUGCUACCACUCAUUGGAUCUGGAAGCAAGCUAAAGCGCAUGUUUGCUCAAAUGAUGCUGGCAUCCAUCAAUUAGUAAACCAUUGGUUGAGGACUCAUGCCUGUAUGGAGCCUUACAUAAUAGCCACCCAUAGGCAGCUCAGCUCCAUGCAUCCAAUAUACAAAUUGCUUCAUCCUCAUAUGCGCUACACACUGGAAAUUAAUGCCCUUGCCAGACAAGGUCUAAUAAAUGGAGGUGGAAUAAUUGAAGCUUGUUUUAGUCCUGGAAAGUAUUCCAUGGAAAUAAGCUCUGCAGCUUAUAAGAGCUUGUGGCAAUUUGACACGGAAGCAUUGCCAGCAGAUUUAGUUAGGAGGGGCAUGGCUGUGGAGGAUCCUUCAAUGCCAUGUGGUGUGAAACUUGUGAUUGAAGACUACCCUUAUGCAGCAGAUGGACUUCUUAUUUGGUCUGCCAUCAAAGAAUUGGUAGCGUCCUAUGUGGAUCACUAUUAUUCUGAUCCCAGUUCCAUCACUUCUGAUGUUGAGCUCCAAGCCUGGUGGAAUGAGAUUAAGAACAAGGGCCACUUCGAUAAAAGAGACGAGACUUGGUGGCCUAACCUCGGGACCAAGGAAGACCUGUCUAGCAUUUUAACUAUUAUGAUUUGGGUUGCUUCAGGUCAGCAUGCAGCUAUAAAUUUUGGACAGUAUCCAUUUGGAGGGUAUGUACCUAACCACCCAACCCUGAUGCGAAAACUCAUCCCAGGAGAAGGUGAUCCCGCCUAUGAGAAGUUUCUUCUCGACCCUGUGCAUACUUUUCUGUCAUCUUUGCCCACUCAACUCCAGGCCACCAAAAUUAUGGCGGUUCAGGACACCUUGUCAACUCAUUCUCCAGAUGAAGAGUACCUGCACCAGUUGCACAAUGUCCAAAGUACUUCAAUAAAGGAUCCUGAAGUUCUGAAGUUAUUUGAGAAAUUCUCAGCCAAACUAGAGGACAUAGAACGGACAAUAAAUGAAAGAAACAGGAAUAUAGGUCUGAAAAACCGAAGUGGUGCUGGUAUCCCUCCAUAUGAACUGCUUCUACCCUCUUCCGGUCCAGGAGUAACUGGUCGUGGUAUUCCCAACAGCAUUUCUAUCUAGGAGGUUUCCCAGCUUGUAGCUUUAGUGAAUCUUCUGGUGCUUCUUUUAGUCAGGAUCGAGCUUUUGGGUUUGGAGGCAUCUACUUCACAAUAAUCGCUCCUGUGUAACUUGUCAUAGUAUCAUUGAUUGAUUUUAGGUGCUUAAGUCAAAAUGUUGUAGUUAGCAACUUCAGCUCGCUGAAGGUUAUUAAGAAUUUGAACGUCAUUCAGCAUAAUGAUCAAUUGAUUGGCGCCAUUAUAUAAAGAAGAUUUGUAGCUGUUUUCUUUUUCCCCUCUGCUGACAGAACCAGAGAAACGAUAACUUUCCAUGUGGAGAAGAAGUUCGGCAUUCAUCAUUACGCAGUCCACUGCAUUGUUGACACUAAGUAGGCUAUUGUUUACAUCUGUUUAAAGCAGGAGUUAAUCUACUCUUGUAAUUGUUGAAGUCACCACUCAGCAAAUAAUUCUUUCUUCCCUUGGCAGCUGCAUUUAUGUAUAAAAUGUAUUACAGCAACGUCGUUGCCAGAUGACAAAUGACGCUAUAACUUGGAAGCAGUAACUGAUGUUGCGAGCUUGAUCAA